GUGAAAGAGUCAGAGUUUAAAGGGAGAAAGGAAAACACAGUGGUCCACAUAAAAAAAUGCAGGUUUCUGGAGGAAACGAAUUGUGUGGGGAUGUGCACUAACCUAUGCAAGAUGCCUUCUCAAUUGUUCAUCAAGGAUACAUUAGGAAUGCCAGUGAACAUGGUACCAAACUUUGAUGAUAUGAGCUGUGAGAUGAUAUUUGGGCAGGAUCCUCCUCAACCAGAUACAGAUCCAGCAUUUGUGCAGCCAUGCUACAAACUAUGCAAACUUAGCAAUAAACACCAAAGGGAUUGCAACAGUCAAGUGAAAAGGAAAGAUGAGGAGAUUUCAUAACGCCGUUCAUAUAUCCUUUCAAUUUACUUUCAUUUGAAAGCUGUUAUACUUAAAAGAAUGAGUAGCAUAUGAAAACAUCGGUAACUGGAAGAGGUGUCAACGUACAGGAACCAAUAAGCAUACACAUACAUGUAUUACCAGAUAAAUUUCUGAAUAUUGUUUGAAAUUAUUCGAUUGCAUGUA